AUGAAAAGCACAACAGGCUCAGGAAAUUCGAUAGAGCAUAAAGAUAUAAGCAAGGACGGAAAAAGAGACGUGAAAAAUGCGUCUGAAGCCACUUUCAACCAGGCUAAACAAAAAAGGACGUCAUUAGCUUGUCAAAGAUGCAGAAAUCGUCAUAUUCGUUGUCCAGGGGGAAACCCUUGUAAGAAAUGUGUUGUGGCUAAGACUCAGUGUGAGUAUGUCGAAAGUGACAAAAAAAUCGUUGUCUCUAUGAAGUAUUUAUCAAAGCUUCAUGACGAUAUAGCUCGAUUGAAAAAGGAUAAUGCUAUGUUAAGAACUGAUUUGAAGACGGAAACCGAUAAGAGAAUCAGCAUGAGCAAAUCAAAUUCAAUGGCAGAGCAACAGCAGCAGAAUAACCAGAAAGCCCGCUCGUCAUUUGCCCAAGAUCAUCAAAUGUCGGAUAGUAAUGAAAAUAAUUAUACCUCUCCCUACACACCUUCCAACUACUCAUCGCAUAAUGCAACGCCCCAAAACGAUCAUAACAGUAAUGAAGUGAUUCACCCUUCCUUAGACAAGCAUGGCAGGUUAAUACAAUCAAGAACGGGCGAGAAAGUCUACGUAGGAUCAUCUUCAAUGACUCUAUUUGGUUUAGAAAUUCAAAAUAUGGUACCUUCAUUCGUAUCAUCAUCAAUUUUCCCUAAUACUAAUCCAAAUUCACCUAAUUCUCCGAAUUCACAAGUGGCCGGAGCAAGUCCAAAAUCGCAAACAACAGAAAUGAGUGCUGGGACUGCUACUUCUCAACCUAGUAAGAGAGAAACGGAAAUUCUCGAGAAAGAGGGUAAUGCCUAUAAGAUCACUUUAGCCAAGACCAAUACAAGACCAGGGUUAUCAAUAAACUUCACUUUACCUUCAUAUUCCUAUGCCAUGCUUUUGGUUGAUACUUUUAUUAAUUACAAUGAUGGUUGUUUUUAUUUUUUCAAUGAAGGUUUAGUUAAAAAAUUCUUAAUGAAUCUAUAUAGUGGGAAAGGUAGUGAUAAUAUCAGAAUAUUGAAACGUAACGUCUCGUUAAAUAAGGGCCCUGCUAUGGACGAAAACACAAUAAAAAAAGAUACUGAUGAUGAUACAAUCCUCGAAACAAUCUGGUUCUGUAAAAUUUUGUUAAUUUUUGCAAUUGGUGAGAUGUAUUUAGGAACAGAAUCAGAUACCCACAUAAAAAGGUCCAAAAACCUAGAUAAAGUGAAUAGAGAGGCUAGAAAGAAGAAUAAAGAUAAAUUCAAUACAACCAGUAACAGACCAAGCUCAUCUUAUAGAAGAAAUACUUUACCUGGUUCCGGAUUUUUCUAUCAAGCAUCAGAGUUGUUUACCGGUUUAUUUGCAUCUGGUGCUAUUGAUAAUAUUACAAAAGAUGGAGGUAUAGAGGUAAUGUUAUUAUAUGCUUUCUAUCUACAAGUUGCUGACUGUACUAUUGCUUCUUACUUUUACUUUGGUUUGGCUUUAAGGUCAACCUUAAUUUUGGGAUGGCAUGUUGAUGCAGAUAAAGAAAACUUAGAUAGGUUCGAACUAGAACAUCGAAGACGAAUUUGGUGGACAGUUUAUAUGUACGAAAGAAUGCUCUCUUCAAAAGCAGGUUUACCUCUCAGUUUUGCUGAUGAUAGUGUUUCGACGGAAUUACCUUUCGACUUUAGCAUAAACCUUGAUGAUUUCCCAAGAGACGAAAGUGAUGUUAGAGGGUUCUAUAUUUUUCCUUCUGCUGAAUACAUCAAUAAUUGUGUUACUAUUACUCAAAUUAAUGCACUUAUUUUAUCUUCUUUAUACACCAAACAACCAUCUGCCAAUAUUUUACCAGUUGUGUCUGAUUUAGUUCAAAAAUUGAUUAAUUGGAAAAACGCAUUACCCGAUUUCUUAAGAGUUGACUUUUCGAGUGAAAACUUUCACAUAUCAAGAUUAAUUGUGAAUUUGAUGACAGAAUAUUUUCAAGGUAUGAAUCUUGCUGUUCGUCCGUUAUUGUUCCAUUUUGCAACAAAAAAACUAAAAGAACUCCAGAUACAACAAAAUUCUAACAAAUAUGUUGAUUUAACAAAGUACUCUAAAAAUGUUUUAACUUUAUUAAAUGCAUCAUUCCAAGCUUCCAUUAAUACAAUUAAAUCCAUUUGGGCUCUUCUACCUGCUAAUAUGGUUGCAUUGUUUGGAUGGAUGGAUCGCGAGUAUCUCUUUACAUCUGCGUCUACUUUAAUUUUAUUCAAUGCAUCUUUUGGUGUUCAUGACGCAACCAAAGAGCAUUUGGAUCAUGCAUUGACGAUAUUUACCAAGAUGAAAAAGUUGGGUAAUUACCCAGCUGCAUUGAGAAGAGCCCAGUUACUCAAGUUGAUACGAGUUUUGGAUUUCAAUGGGGUUAUGAAUUCCUUACUAGUCAAACAUGAUGGGGAACCAAAGGAAACAAACGACGUAGGUGAACCUUUAAAUGAUUAUCAAAGUUUUAAUGAAUCAUUCAUAGAUCCCCGUCCUGGCCUUGUCGAUAUGGCUAGCCUUGGAGAAAGCAUACGCCAUCCGAAUGUGAAAAUGCAUACCGCUGGUGAUGAUGAAAUGACGGUCCCUGGUGAAUUAGACUUUCUAAACUUUCCUGCAGCUUUGGGAGGUGAAACUAAUGGUCACAUGGCGAACAAUCCAGUACCAAAUACAGCAAAUUUAACAAGUGAGUCGUUCAACUUUAAUAUAAAUGUUCCGAACUCUAUUCAACCAACUAAUGGCGAUGUUUACAUGAAUUCAGAUUUGGCUGGUAUUGAAGGUAUGACAUAUAUUGAUGAAGAACAGAAGUUAUGGAACGAAAUUACCAAUGAUGCAGUCUGGUUGCAUGUCCCUGGCGUUAGUACACAACAACAAAUGAAUACAAAUGCUCUUUCAAGUGGUAAUUUAAUGAAUCAUGCUAAUUUUAAUUUUCCGAAUACUGGUAAUAUUUUAGGAGCUGAUGGAGGUAGCUCAAACAACUCUUUCCCCAAUAAUGGUGGCUAUUCAGAUAUCAUUAAUCUGGAGUUUCAAGAUUUAAUGAAUUAA